AGCAGCAGAAGAAGAAGCUAAAUUGCAGUGGUUGAUUUUAUCAUUGAAUUUAUCUAGUUUCACAGCAGUUUGUUUCUUUUUUUUUAUCUCGAUGCAUUCGUAAUAAGUGGUUCGCUUAUAAAGCUGUUAAUUAUUUGCCAUAAGCGUGUUUUUGGAAGUUGAGUACAAUGGUAUUUUAUUUCACAAGUGCUGUGGUCGACCCUCCUUACACCAUCUACAUGGGAAAGGAUAAGUAUGAAAAUGAGGAUCUCAUCAAGUAUGGGUGGCCUGAAGAUAUCUGGUUUCAUGUGGAUAAACUGUCCUCAGCUCACGUUUACCUCAGAUUGUCAAAGGGUCAGACCAUCGCUGACAUUCCUGCAGAGGUGCUGAUCGACUGUGCACAGCUGGUGAAAAACAACAGUAUUCAAGGCUGCAAGAUGAACAACAUCAAUGUGGUUUACACAUCGUGGGCCAACCUGAAGAAAACCGGAGACAUGGAUGUCGGACAGAUUGGUUUCCAUCGACAGUCGGAGGUGAAGACUGUGGCUGUGGAGAAGAAGGUCAACGAGAUCAUCAACCGUCUGGAGAAGACAAAGGUUGAACACUCUCCUGACCUGGCCGCGGAGAAAGAGGCGAGAGACCGCGAGGAGCGGAACGAGAAGAAAGCUCAGCUCCAAGAACAGAAGAAAAAAGAGAAGGAAGAACAGAAGAGGAAAAAAGAGCUGGAGGAACUCAGGAAUUAUUCCUCCCUGAUGAAGAGUGAAAAUAUGACCACGAAUGAGGGCGGCUACGAUUCAGACGACUUUAUGUAAGCAGCGAUAAAACGAGGCAGCGCGAGGAGCCGCCGUCCUCCUCGUCCACCACCCAGAUCUGCUGCUUGUGAAUGUGGAGAAAAGUG